AUGGAGAUCCAAGAGAGGCCGCUCAAUCCUCGCAAGAGGCGCAGGCGGAGGAGAGCAGACCGGCCCGCCAUCUCCGCCCGACUGCUGCUGGACGAGAGAAUGAAGGGAGAAGUUGGAGUGCUCUCCGAGGAUCUGUUUACGGAUUUGUUCCCAGAAAGUAAGCAGCAGUCUGCUCCCGCACCCGAUCGCGUCCAUCAUGUAGCCAUAACCCCCUGGCUUCCAAGCUCCAUAGCUUCGCCGCGAAGCGCAUCAUGGGCCAUACUGCCUGUACGAGCUGCGUUGAAGGCAGAUUCCACCACGACUCGACCCCAUUCGUCCCUCCAGUUCCCCGCGACAUCGCUUGCCCUCCAGUCCUUCAUACACACAUUGCAUACUUUGUCGCCCAACAAGCAACAACGAAGAGACACUCCGAUUGAGAUCAGGAUACUAGAUGUGCUUCCGGUUGGCCUCGAUACUGUCUUCGUUAGCCUGGACACAGAUGCGCUGAGGAAGCUGGAUGAGGUGCACGCAAAAUUUGGGGGAGGCUUCGGGGUUAGACGCGCCAACGGCACCGUCAAGGGCCCCAAGGAACGGUUUCUCGAGGUCAAUGGCGUAUCUGGAAAAGCAAAAGCAGGCGUGGAUCUUACCACACAAGAGCAGAUGUGGAAAAAUGCCGUCCGUGAUGCCCUCAAGGAGCCUACGGUCGUCCAUACUGGAGAUCUACUACCACUGCCGCUUCCGUCCCAUCCUAUAACACAUGUUCCACCGCCCCCAGCCAAAAUCACGGCAUGUGAGCCCGUAUCUCAGGGAUUACUUCUACCAAACACGAAAAUAGUGGUCCUCCGAUCCCAUGGUCAUUCUAAAUUAUCGAAAGUGAUUGCGCCUGUAGCUUCUCAAAUACAGAGCGGAGUUGGAGAAGAUGAUGAAGAUACGUCAAAUGAACAAUUCUAUUCUGCGGCAGAGGAAAGAACUUCGUCACAAGGAGCAACCCCACCGGAUGAGGAACAUUCAACAACCGAUAACCUAGAUUCCGAGCUAUCAGGCACAGAUGGUGGAGAUCUAUCCGAUGACGAUGAUAUGAUAUCCCUGAGCGCCCCUAUGCUACCCCCUCAGUCUUCCGGGGUCCUUUCCUCAUUUUCCUCUGCAACACCCCGUCCAGGAGGAUUCCAUACGAAUGGCAUUGCCACACCUGGAUCAGUCUUUUCUAGCUUUACAGCAACAACAGCACGUGGGCCGACCUCAUCAAAAUCAAAAGUGUUCAAAGCCCAGGGACUGGUACAACCUAUAUCAGAUGAGCUACUCCAUCCAAAGCCAGGAAGUGAGGAUGACGAAGAAGCACGGGUUUUCGUUGACACCAAUACCCUAGUAAAGGUGGGGUGCUUCUCUGGAGACUGGGUUAAACUAGAAGCUGCUGCAGAGCCCCCACAACACGGACUUGGGGCCUGGGGCUUCGGCGCUUUUGGCGAAGAGCAUGAGGACCCUCCGGAAUGGCGGGCGGCGAGAAUAUUUGGCUUGCCCGAGAGCUUGUCUAAGAAGUCUCAUCGGUACCCUGUCAAUAGAUUGACGAAUCGGAGGUCAAGUUUCUCUGGCAUGCUUCCAUCUGCUCCAGCAUCACAAGCCUACGUAUCCCCUGUUCUCUUGGCCAACCUAGGAGAACCCACACAUCUACGCAUAUCAUCUCUUUCGCCCCUUCAGGUAUCCCACUUGCCACGAGGUUCAAUCCAGAAGCCACGUUUAACCAGUUCCUCUUUACCUCCCUCGGCAAAGGAGGUUACGUUAUUGAAGCUUUCGACUCCCUUGUCUACCGAUCGGUUGCUCCAAUCUAGCCUUUUUGCUGCUCUAAAGGAGUACUUCGAGCAGAAGCGAAGAUUAGUAAAAAGUGGUGACCUGGUGGGGAUCUCCAUUGACGAACGAUUGGGUAAAGCCGUGUUCCAAGCGUCUGCUACCGAGGACGAUGCUGGAACCGAAGAUUUACUAUUCAAGUCAAAACAAAAAAGCUCGCAAGACUCGUCAGCUGUCGAAGAAUGGAAUCCGAAGGCAGUUGCAUGGUUCAAAGUUGGCAAUGUCAUUGCGGCCCAGUCCGAGACUUUGGACAAUGAUGAGAUGCAGAUUUGGGGCGGAGUAGUAUCAGUGGAUGCUGCAAGCACCAAAAUGGUACAAGCAGGAAGCGAGCAGGGCAAGGUUCCUGCUACCAUCAACAGCUCCUGGCAGUAUUAUCUAAAUGCAAAACGAGCGCCUGUUUCCUCUGCGCAGGCUUCCGCACAAGCUAUGGGAAUAGAUGACCUUCCAAAGCCCUAUGUAUCUUCACUUCGACGUCGCCUAAGAGAGCUGAUGUCUGCAGCUACGAGCCUACGAGCCAUACAUUUGGGACUCCCCCCAUUGGCUAUUCUGAUCACUUCGACCCAGCGAGGCAUUGGGAAAGCCACUGUUGCCACACUCGCUGGCGAGGACUUGGGACUUCAUACCUUUUCCAUUGAUGCGUUCGACAUCUUGACCGAAGGCGGCGCAGGCGGAGGUGAUGUCAAGACAGAAGCUUUCCUCAAAGCGAGGGCAGAACGCGCUCUCACCUGUGGUGCAGAAUACACAACCCUCCUCGUCAAGCAUGUCGAAGCCCUAAAUGCCGACCGGAUGACCACAGCUCUCAAAGAGAUACUCGCAGACUCUCGAGUCCUGAUAGCAACCACGACAGAAAUCGAUAAAGUCCCUGAAGGAAUCCGCGGCCUCUUCACUCACGAACUCGAGAUGUCCGCUCCCGACGAAGGCGAGCGAGAGGGGAUACUUCGAGGCGUAGUUGAGAACUCUGGCAUCCGUCUAUCCCCCGACGUCGAGCUCUCCAGCGUCGCCAUCAAGACCGCCGCCCUCGUCGCUGGCGACCUCGUCGACGUGGUCGACCGUGCUCUCGUGGCGAAACAAACCCGCCUUGAAUCCCUCGCCGAGUCGGCCACCAAGGCGCUCUCCCUCCCCUCCUCCGUGACUGUCAAAGACAUCGAGCUAGCCGGAGGCCCUGCUAGUACUAGCCUCGCGAAAGUUGACCUGGAUGCUGCCGUUGACGCCGCCCGCAAGAACUUUGCCGACGCCAUCGGGGCCCCCAAGAUCCCCAACGUCAGUUGGUCCGACGUCGGUGGCCUCACGCACGUCAAGGACGCGGUUAUGGAAACGAUCCAACUGCCUCUCGCGCGCCCAGAGCUUUUCGCCAAAGGCAUGAAGAAGCGCAGCGGCAUCCUCUUCUACGGUCCCCCGGGCACUGGAAAAACACUCCUCGCGAAAGCCAUCGCGACCGAGUUCUCGCUCAAUUUCUUCAGUGUUAAGGGGCCUGAGCUGUUGAAUAUGUAUAUCGGCGAGUCUGAAGCGAAUGUGCGGCGUGUAUUUCAGAGAGCUAGGGAUGCGAGACCUUGCGUUGUGUUCUUCGACGAGCUGGACUCCGUUGCACCCAAGAGAGGAAAUCAAGGAGACAGUGGGGGUGUCAUGGACCGUAUCGUCUCCCAACUCCUCGCCGAACUCGACGGGAUGAGUGAUGGCGGAGAAGGUGUUUUCGUCAUCGGAGCCACCAACCGCCCUGAUCUCCUCGAUCAAGCACUAUUAAGACCUGGGCGGUUUGAUAAAAUGCUCUACCUAGGAGUGUCGGAUACACAUGACAAGCAACAAACUAUCCUCGAAGCUCUGACGCGAAAGUUCACACUCCACCCCACCCUCUCCCUCCCCCGCAUCGCCGCCGCCCUCCCCUUCACCUACACGGGCGCGGACAUGUACGCCCUCUGCUCCGACGCCAUGCUCAAAGCUAUCACGCGGCAAGCGCGCGCCGUGGACGAAAAAGUAAAAGCGCACAACGCGUCUAACCCGCCGAUCUCGAUAGCGUAUUUCUUCGACCACUUAGCUAAAGAAGAGGAUAUGGCUGUCAUGGUCACGGAGCAGGAUUUCUUGGAGGCGGAAAGGGAGCUCGUGCCGAGCGUGAGUGCGGAUGAGUUGGGACAUUAUGAUAAGGUGCGGCGGAGCUUUGAGGGCGCGGAGGAGAAGGGGAAGGGGAAGGAGGCGGGGAUGGUGGUUCGGCAGCAGGUGUCGAAUGCGGCUGCUAAGGGGAAGGGGAAGGGGAAGAUGGGGGCGCCGCCGGCUGUGGUUGAUGGGCCCGCUCAGGCAGCGGGGGAUAGUGGGAGUGAUGAUGAUUAUGUCAUUCGGACUGACCAUCUCAUCACGAACGGCUCUGCUGGUAGUGGGGACGGUAAGGGCAAAGGCAAGGGAAAAGGAAAAGGUAAGGGGAAGGGGAGUGUUGAUAUUGCGGAAGGCGGGUUCGGUGACGCGGCGGAGGGGGAGGAGGAUUUGUAUAGUUAGACAUCUAGCAAGUAUUGGGAAUUGUAUUACUACUUAAAUGGGGCGUCUUUCUACGGCCGCCUCGGCUUACCCUCCCC